AUGGGUUCUUUGUCUUUCGGAAUAUCUGAACUGAUGAAGAAUCCUGUGGAGGGCUGGUUCAAGCUGCUCAAUCAGGAAGAGGGAGAAUAUUAUGGCAUACCUGUCCCAGACGAGGUGGCACCCACCAUUCAGGAAAUGAAAAGUAAAUUCGAGAAACAACAAAUAGCUGAUGGAAACUUACCCUAUUCUACAAAUGAUCAGAACAUGAGUAAACAGGACAUUGUACGAGCAAGUGAUUUCAACUUCUUGACUGUUCUGGGUAAAGGCAGUUUUGGAAAGGUUGUACUUGCUGAACGCAAAGGUACAGAUGAGCUUUAUGCUGUCAAAAUACUUAAGAAAGAUGUCAUCAUACAAGAUGAUGAUGUUGAAUGUACAAUGAUUGAGAAGAGAGUCCUUGCUCUUUCUAACAAACCUCCAUUUCUUGUCCAGUUACACUCCUGUUUCCAGACUAUGGAUAGAUUGUAUUUUGUCAUGGAGUAUGUCAAUGGUGGUGAUUUGAUGUACCGAAUUCAACAAGAAGGGAAAUUCAAAGAGCCAGUUGCUGUGUUCUAUGCAGCAGAAAUUGCUAUAGGCCUUUUUUAUCUUCAUAACCAAGGCAUAAUAUAUCGAGAUUUAAAACUUGACAAUGUGAUGCUGAAUGCUGAAGGACACAUCAAAAUCGCAGAUUUUGGAAUGUGCAAAGAAGGAAUCAUAGGGGACAAGACAACCCGAACAUUUUGUGGUACACCAGAUUAUAUAGCGCCAGAGAUUGUAUUAUAUCAACCUUAUAGCAAAUCUGUUGAUUGGUGGGCUUAUGGUGUCCUACUGUACGAAAUGUUGGCGGGACAGCCACCUUUUGAUGGAGAAGAUGAAGAGGAGUUGUUCACUUCAAUCACUGACCACAAUGUCUCUUACCCAAAGUCUAUGUCCCGAGAAGCUGUAUCCAUUUGUAAAGGGUUGUUGACAAAGAAUCCUUCAAAGCGCUUGGGUUGCACUAAUAAUGGUGAACGGGAGAUUAAAGAUCAUGCCUUCUUCCGACGCAUUGACUGGACAAAGGUGGAAAGCCAAGAUAUGCAACCACCUUAUAAGCCUAAAAUCCUUGAUUCCAGAAAAGCAGAAAACUUUGACACGAUGUUCACCUCAAAAGACUCCAAAUCAAUCAGACUCAUGAACAGUAAAAUCUCGAAAAGACGUCAGCAACUUUGA